CCUUUCGGUCGGAUUAUUUGCAAGAUGGAUCCCUACCAACCGGUAUUGUACGUCUCCGGAAUAAGUUUCACAGUGACACAGAGCAUUCAAACACCAUCUUAAAUAAUUUAGGCAGCCUAUUUCAAACGUUUAAAUUGACUGAUUUUUUCAUAUCACAGCUGGAGGAAAACAAACCUCUCAGGUAGUGUGAGUUAAAUGAUUUGCAUAGAACUUUAUACGUAGAUGAUACAUUACAGCGUUGUGGAAAAUAAUAAAGAUAGCAAAAGCAAGUAGACUUUUCUACGGCUCAUGUACUUACAAGUCGCAUGACACAAAUACUACAUCACUAGCCGGUGGAAAAUAAUAAACAAAGACGGCAAAAGCAAAUGGGAUUGUUUUCAACCAAGAAACUACAUUGUGUUCGUGAGGCCAGUCGACAAGAACUCAAUAUUGAAAGGCUUUGGCCUGAUCUACGAUUAACAGUCGUGACAGUGUUGUAGCUAGAGUUAAUAAUAUUUAAAAAAUAUUGAUAUUGUGAGUUUGUAUAAUAUUGUGUGAUGGUUAUAAGUGAUUCUUAACUAAAAUAAAGUCCAGUAAUCAUAUCCAUUAUGACGGAAUUAGCUACCCGGACAUUAAUGCCGGGGGCCUGCCGAUGUUGUUUGUUAGAGCAAAGCGAAAUGUAUUGUAUCCUUGAUACAUUGGAGGAAUUCGAAAGUACAAUUUAUGACUUAAUCACCGAUUGCAUCGGAAUAAAGAUCACAGGAGAUGACUGUUUUUCAAGAAGCAUCUGUAACAUUUGUUUUAAUGAUCUGUCUACUGCCGUACGUUUUCGUCAGCGCUGCCUGGAAACCGAAAAUAUACUGCAAAACUCACAAAUCGAUAUUGAAAAACCGCAAGUGAAGGAAUUAAGUGAAGAAAUUUUGAGCUCGCAAGAAGAAAUUGUUUUGGAAGAAAAGUCCCAAUCAAUAAAUUCGGAUGUUACGUCUAACCUGUACAAGGAGGGCAGUUCAACUGAUCAACGCGAUUCCCAAAGUAGCGAAACUGAAUUAUCAUCACCGCCGAAGAAGAAAAAAAUAUCAAAACGUCGCAGUGGUGGAAAUACAUAUAAAUGUAACAUUUGCGACAAAGUGUUCAUGAAAGCCAGUUAUCUUAAAAAACAUCUUCGGAUCCACUCCGGCGAACGCCCCUUCAAAUGCAACGUUUGCCCCAAAGCGUUCGUGACCAGCGACACCCUCAAGAAUCAUGAGCGUGUUCAUACCAAUAAUAGACCACAUGAGUGUGAUAUGUGUGGCAAACGGUUUAUAAGUAACAGUCAUCUAAAGCAACAUAAGCAUUUUCAUACCGGCGAACGACCCUAUCGGUGCGACAUUUGCGGAAAGGAGUAUACAACAAGUAUUCAACUUAGCUAUCAUCGAGUUAAUCACACUGGGGGCCAUAAAUUUGAAUGUGACCUUUGUAACCGAUCUUUUGUCAUACGGAGCCAACUCAAAAAGCACAUGCGGAAGCACACGGGUGAGAAACCGUAUCAAUGUGAUAUUUGCGGAGUAAAAGUCAAAGAUAAAUAUACCCUGAAAUGUCACAUACGUACCCAUACCGGGCCACAGCAAUGCGACAUAUGUGGGAAAAAGCUCCCCAAUAGUAACCAAUUUAGGCUCCAUCAAAAGACGCACGCAGAAGAAGCGAUAAGCAUCGAACAGGAAGUUCCAUCAUUUACAAAGCAUAACGUUUCCGUUUCAAAAAUCUGCUGAGGGAACAUUCAUAAAUCAUGUAAGACAACAAUUGGCCAAAAUUAACCUUCCUUGUCCCAAAAUUAUUUCGAAACGAAUUAUUUUUUUCUUUAGUAAUAUGCUAGCUGACUCCCCUCCAUCUUAUAUCACAAAAUGUCUCAACCCUCCCAAACUCCGCCUCCUAAAAGCGUGAUUUAUGAAGGGUCACUCAGCUAUGGAUGUGUCGAUCGAGAUAGUGUUUUUACAAAACUUCGACUUUUUUUCAAAUUGAAGUAACGCUUGUGAAGUAACAGAACAAUCUGACCUAUAAUAACUUAUGUCGUUUUUGCUUGAAGCGAAACUGAGUCAGUUUCAAACCCUAACUGCAGUCAAAAAGUAUGAACUGACAGUGGUUGGGGUUAAAACCUGACUCAGUUUCGGAGUCCAGCAAAAACGCCAUUAGCAAAAGUGCGAAUACGAUUUGUAAACAAACUUUUGUUUUGCUAAUUUCUUCUAAUUUGCUUUCAUUUCAAAGCAGAAAACAUUUGAAAUUGCUUCUACGAAGGGUGAAAAUGUGGUUUUGCGUGUAUUUAUUAUGAAAUUUCACUCUUCAGCUUACGAAAAUCUCUAGCCCUUUUGAAGAAAUAAUAUUGAAUUAGCUUUUCCAUGAGACGUUUGUUCGACAAUCCAUUGUUUAUUAAUUUUUUAUUAAUCAUAUUCGUUUGAAGUACCGAACCGACAAUUUUGUCGGACUAUAGGAUCAAUAGGAAUAAACUAGAAAAUAGUAAAUUAUGAUCAGCAAAACGGCUAUCAAUGGAAUGGCUAGCUUUUAAUUUUAAUAUUUAACAUUAUUUAAAAAAAUGUAUAUGUAUCUCCACAAAAUUGGUAGAAAGGUAUCCAGCUUUUCACAUGCCAUUGUCCUAUUCGUAGUAUGUUAGGAGCCCUUAUUCUGACAGUAGAUCCUUAAUGCCAUCCGCCCAGUAAGAAGAAACCGUCCUACGUGAGACUAAUGCAUGAGAUGUUUGUUAAACAAACUCCAAACGUUCCUAACAGGGCGUUGCUGUCAUGCUGGCGUAAACAACCAUUGUGAGAACGGGACUGCUAGAAAAUUACGAACAAGAUAAAAUUGACCAUGGCACGUGCAUAACUGGAUAAAAUUGAUUUCCUUAAGGGAAUGGCCUACUUUGAAAGUUCGAAAAUAUUUUAAUGUAGAAUACAUUUAAGGUUUCAAUAUAGGGGUCCCGUUUCAAAAUAUCGGCCGCGGCGCCGCGUCAGAUUUUGAACGUUAAUAACUUUUAUCAUACUUAACAGAAUGAUUUGAUUUUUAGGGCAAUUUGUUGCAAAUAUGUUCCUCUAUGCUGUAUUAAAAUUUGAAGUAUGUAUAACAUGUACUAAUAACAAAAAAAAUGUGUUUUGAAAAAUCUUUCGAAAACGACUCGGAAAAGUGAAAAUUUUCAGCCCAUCCCGCACAGAGCCGUCGUUAUGGUAGACCAACCGAACAAUAAAAUAAUGAAAAAUUUAUAUAUAGGUCCACUAUAUGUUUGUUCGUAUGGUUAUUCGCAUUGGGUUGCUUGACGAGAGCACUUGGUGGGGGAAAGACGGCAUAUUCCUUUGGUUAGGCCAUUAGAAGCCGGACGGAAAGGAAAGGCUCAUGCACGGCACGAGAACGAGGGAGAAAGCGAUAGUAGUGCAUAUUAGCGCGAUUAUAUAAAUAUCUGUCGGUCGGUUUUUCUCAUCAUUCGUAUUCGUUCAAGCACUAGCAAGCAGCCAGUCCACCGAAGAAAAGCAGUCGGCGAUGACGACGGCGGAAAAAGUGCCCCAGCUACUGGUGACUCAUCGGAACUGUCGCCCUGCAAGAAUUUCGCCCCAACUAAAGGGCAACAGAGUAGGCUAUCGUUCCAGCGUCUGGGUCGUGAGAUUGUGCAGGACUGCAAAGUCGAGCUACGCUUACAAAGCUCAGUCGUAAUGAUGCCCCGAG